ACUUCACAAGUCAACUAUUCGCAAGGAAAAUGACUUCCAUUAUGCAUGUAAAUAGACUAGAACAGGCAAUUAUCAGAGACUAUAUUAUUCAAUCACGUCAAUGAUUUUCUGAAAAAUAGCGCAAUUAUUUUAACUAAUUGCCAGAACUCCAAAAUCUCUAUUUCAGUCAGUCAAGCAUAGCCCCCAGCAGUUUAACGAAUUUAGAAAAUCUCUGCUCGGUCAGUCAAGCAUGGACCCGCGAAGAAGAAAAAUCCACAAGACUCCACCCAAUCUCCUCUCUUCAAAUUCAAGCUCUCUUCUUUCCCCAGUUUUCGUUCUAUCAUCCCAAGGUAAGAAAAGAGAGAAGCAGAAGCAAAAGCAAAAGCCAAGUCUUUAAAAAGACUCACCCGUGUAAACUCCCCUCUCCUCUUCCUCAAUACGAUCUGAAGCCAAAAUUUACAGCAAAAGAUCAAAAGGGUACAGUUCAAAUUCAAGCAGCAUGAAGAGCGGGCUUAGUCGAUUGAAAACAUUGGACCUGAGUGGUAAUUCCAUUGAAGGACUCAUUCCUUUGUUUGUUGGUGUUGAGGAGUUGCUUCUGUCAGGAAAUAAGUUCUCGGGGGAAAUACCCAAUUCCAUAUCUCAGUUAAAGAACCUCACCGCAUUGGAUCUCAGCACGAAUAAUCUAUCUGGGUCUGUUCCAGAUGAGAUUGGGGAGCUCUCUAAGUUAGAAACUCUCAUCCUUUCUUCGAACAAUCUCACGGGGAAAAUUCCAGAAAAUCUUUCCUCAAUCCGGAGAUUGAGGCGGUUUGCUGCCAAUCAAAAUGGAUUUACUGGCUUGAUUCCUGAUGGGCUCACUGGACAUCUGAACUUUUUGGACCUCAGCUACAAUUCUCUUGAUGGGCGGAUCCCGUUUGAUUUCCUAUCAUCUCCUACUUUAGAGCACGUUGAUUUGAGCUGGAAUCACCUUGAAGGAGCUAUCCCCGGAGACAUUUCUCAAAGUCUUUUCAGGCUCCGGCUCGGGGGAAAUAAGCUCACAGGGAAAGUUCCUUCAUUGUUUCAGCAAAGGUCUAACCUGACCUAUCUAGAGUUGGAUACCAAUCAAUUGGAUGGAGAAAUCCCCUCAGAAUUGGAAAUUUGUCAGAAAUUAACACUUCUAAAUCUUGCCAGUAAUCAGUUAAAUGGUAGUUUACCAAAGGAAUUGGCUAAUCUUAGUCAGCUAGUGAUCAUGAAGCUUCAAAAUAACAGUCUGAGCGGAGAGAUUCCAACUGAAUUUUCUAAGCUGGGGAACUUGAUCACGUUGAAUCUUAGCCAGAAUUCCCUCAGUGGGGAAAUGCCUUCAUCGAUUUCAAGCUUAUCGCGUCUCUCUAACCUAAACCUGGCGGUUAAUAGACUUUCUGGUCCAAUACCGAGUAACAUUAACGAGUUGAGCUAUCUGAUAGAACUACAGCUAGGUAACAAUGAGCUUAAGCAAUAA